UAAGCUCGAAGAAGAAGAAGAAGAAGAAGAAGCAGCUCCACCAAUAGGACGCGGACAGGAGUUCAUUCAGGACUGUCGUGGGCGCAGUGGCGGCUUCAGAAAUGCUUAAUAAACUCUUGAUAGUUGCUUUCCUCGCUGUUAGUUUAUACGGCACGCCGUCAGAUGGACAGAAGAAGAAGGAGGCAGGCAGAUGAAGAGUACCAGAUCCUUGCGAACUCUUGGCGUUAUUCGAGUGCAUUCACUAACAGGAUUUUCUUUGCAAUGGUGGAUUUUGAUGAAGGCUCAGAUGUUUUCCAGAUGCUCAACAUGAACUCGGCUCCGACAUUCAUCAACUUCCCGGCCAAAGGCAAACCGAAGCCAGCGGACACAUACGAGCUGCAGGUCCGAGGCUUUGCGGCCGAACAGCUGGCUCGAUGGGUGGCGGACCGAACAGACGUGCAUAUCCGGGUGAUCAGGCCUCCGAACUACGCCGGGCCGCUGAUGCUGGGAUUGCUGCUGGCGUUCAUCGGCAGUCUGGCUUACUUGCGGCGCAAUAACCUGGAGUUCCUGUUCAAUAAGAACGUCUGGGCUUUCUCUGCACUGUGUUUUGUUUUGAUCAUGACUUCGGGUCAAAUGUGGAACCACAUCAGAGGACCUCCAUACGCUCACAAGAACCCAAACACUGGCCAAGUGAGUUACAUCCACGGCAGCAGUCAGGCUCAGUUUGUGGCAGAGACUCACAUUGUUCUUCUCUUCAAUGCUGCGGUGACUUUAGGAAUGGUGCUGCUUCACGAGGCUGCGACCUCUGACCUGGACAUGGGGAAGAGGAAAAUCAUGUGUGUAGCAGGAAUCGGGCUGGUGUUGCUGUUCUUCAGUUGGCUGCUCUCCAUCUUUAGGGCCAAAUAUCACGGAUAUCCUUACAGCUUCCUGUUUGGUUAAACGAAGACCCUCGGAGGAACCAUGGCAAAUAUUAAUGCGCAAAGUGCCUUAAUGUUUAAAAUGAGAGAUUGAUUUGGUAAAGUUCUCCUUGAGCCUG